UCCGUAAAUGUAUUUGUUGCUGUUAUUUUCGGAGCAAAUCAGCUGAUUUGACAGCUGCCAUGAGCGAAAUGUCACAGCUGAUCGGAUCGUUGUGUGUGUGUGUGUUAUCGAAAUCGAAAAUUCGAAAUGACAAUAAGUAGCACAACACACGACAAUAACAAUAACAGUAACAGCUGUUCUGCCAAAAAAAAAACAAAAAAAAAUGUCAGCAAUAUUUCGGCCGCAAUGCCUGAAAAGGUGCGUUCCAAUAAGCAUUAUUAAUAGCACUAGAAGAAGUGCAACUAAAACUAAACUUAACUUUAGUAUCAGGCAAUUGGUGCGCAACUACAGCCCCAAGCCAAGCCAGAAUGCAGUUGUCAUCGCAGCCGCGGUGCGAACGCCCAACUCCUUCGAGUAUGCCCAGACGGAGGAUCAGUUGGCCGGCCUGAUCAUCGAUGAGCUGGUCAAGCGCACCGCUGUGCCACGGGAGGAGUUCAAGAAGCUUUUUGUGUGCACCUCCAGCGAUAUUGUGGAUAGCGAUUCGCUCAGCAGCGUCGUCCAGAAUCUGGGACUGAAGAGCUGCCAGACGCAUGCAAUCCAAAACAAGGCGUGUUCGGUGAGCGGGCUGCAAAUGUCUCUGGAAUGCUUGCAGCAAAACGCAGAUGGUUGCAUCAUAUUGGGCGAUACGCGUGCGCAUAUUAAACAGCAGGUGAAAGACUCAAUGCCCAGUGAAUUGAUCACCGCCAGAAUGCGGCCCAGCAGAAAACCCAAGGCAACAGCAAAUACUGCGAAGGAUGGUUCGGAUGCGCCGGAGGAGUGUCCAGGCGCUGCAGCACUGGCACUGACCACCAUGGAAACAGCAGAACGCUUGCAAUUGCAACCGCUGGCGGUGGUGCGGGAAUUCUUUAUAGUGAAUGACAAUAAACAGGCAAUCUAUCGGCUGAGCAACAAACAGCCAAUUCAGCUGAACGAUGUGCACAACUGGCAGCUGGUCGUGAAUGAUGCGCCCGAGCAACAUCUGAACAUGCUGGCCGAGCUGAAUGUGAAGCAUGUGCGCACGCACGAUGUCAAGCAGAGCACUGCCAGCCAUGUGCUGACGCACACAGUCCAUGCCCUGCCCGCCGGCAGCUUGGGCUGUGUCAUUAUGGAGUCGGGCGAUGGACGAUGCGUGCUGAUGGUGUUGGAGAAAAUCAUGCCCGCAACCAAUCCGUCGAAGAAUUUGCCCCAACUGACACUCUAUACGAAAGAGCCGUGUCCGCUGUGUGAUGAGUUGCUUGCGCAGCUGGAUCAGAACUUUGCCGGUGAAUUUGAGCUGAAGAAGGUGUUCAUCGAUCGCAAGGAGAAUGUGCGCUAUCUGCGACUCUUUCGCUACGAUAUACCCGUGCUGUUCCUCAACGGCCAGUUCCUCUGCAUGCACACCCUCAACGAAAAGGCGCUCCGUGAUCGACUAUCCGCUCUGAAGUUAACUGCAACAGCUGCACCAUCACCUGCUGAGCCAAAGAAAUCAAAGUAGGCAAACAGUUGAUUACAUGUCGCACUCGUUGUUGCUGUAUAUAUAUUUCUUCUACAUUUCUGCACUGCAUAAACCAAAUUCCACGUGAAGACCUAAAA